AUGAUUAGAACAAUAGAACUGUUAACUGCAGAGGACAGGGACCAGCUGUCGCAGUGGAUUGGUAAGACGUGUCAUUUUGAGUUGCUGUACAAAAUAAGUCAUGAUGGUUGCUCAGCUUCAAGGUUUCAUCAGCUUUGUGAUGAGAAAGGUCCCACAAUUACAGUUCUUUACAACACUGAUAACAGUGCAUAUGGAGGUUUCCUCUCGCAAUCUUGGAGGUCCACUGGUGGUUACAUCAAAGAUGGACAUGCAUUCCUCUUUACAUUAUACUUUAACGGUGUCAAAAGACCAAGGAAGUUUGCCGUAAUUAAUGUAAAUCAAGCAGCCUAUGCACAUCAAAAAUUAGGACCAACUUUUGGUGAGGCUGACAUGUCUGUGAUAAAUCCAAACAAUCAACUGUACGCAUUAAAGGGAAUAAAAACAAAUGCAUUUUCCCCUGCAAGCAUCGAGAGGAAGAGAUCUAGAGCGGAUAUGAUGACGUUUCAUGAUGACGUGAACAUGUCUAUUGAACGUGGAAGUCAGACGCGCUUCUUCACACUUAAUGGUCAAGCUGAAUUCGGUUUAGCAUUCCAAAGGCCAUCUGAGAAUAUGAAAGCAAUCAACAAUGGUCACAUGUGUGUAUUCGAUCUAGAAGUCUAUUCAGUGCAAGCUAAGAGACCCGCCGUAGUUCCCGCGCAAUCACAAAUGUCGUUAAAGCCAUGGAGGGAACCGCCGCUCUGGGAUGAAAAUGCGA